ACAGCUGCCUCAUUAUCAGCAUGUGAUUGAGGUUAUGUUCCAUUGUUUUUAUUUUUGAUUUGGUUAUUUUUAUUAUUGUAUCAUCUAUUAUGUAGUCUAUAAUUUAAAUUGUUUCUAAAAACCAAGAAUAAAGUAGUCUUUUCAAGCUGAAAAUCAUUCUUCCUUGCUAAAUUUGUACAAAAUGCUUGGACACAGUCGACUGAUUUUCCCUCAAAAUGAUCAAUGUAUUGUGAAGGAAGAAACUAUGGAUGGAAUUGACAUAAAAGUGAAAACAGAAGUCCUUAUCAGUGACAUGGAAUUUGAAGAUGAUGAUGAAGAAGAACAAGAAGAGAUAUCGGAAUCUGCACUCCUUGAAAAUGCUGGAAUUGGUGACCAAUCAGUGUCUGAAAUGUUCUCUUCAAUGCUGGAGGAUAUUGAGAAAGAUAAACUCCAACUCCAAGGUGACUCUUCAUCAGUGCAUGUCGCAUCACCGCAAUCGGAAAAGUAUAGCAAAUUAAUUAAGAGCAAAGGUGUUUCAAACACUUGUAAAGUUUGUUUUUUCAAGCACCAAUCAAUGAAAGUCAUGCAACAGCAUUGUAAACAGCAUAUACAAUCCGAUCAAGGAGAAAACUGCAGCUACAUUUUAUGUAAUCUAUGUGAUAGAAGGUACAAACAUCUCUGCCAUUUCUAUAAGCAUCGAAAUUUGAUCCACGUGAAAAAGUAUGAAUAUUCUUGCGGGGAGUGCGAUAAAACGUUCAGAUCUAUGGAUUCAUUACGAGUUCAUGUGAAAUAUUUACAUCAGGGUUUUGGGAGAUAUCGAGAAAACCCUGAAACCCGUGUUUGUUCAAUUUGCAGGCAAAGGUUUCGACGACCAAAUUCGUUGGCAAGGCACAUGCAAGAAGUACAUGAGGGUAUCAAGUAUACUUGUGCUUUGUGUAAUAAACUAUUCACACAAAAGGCUUCAGUCAAAAAGCACUUGUUUUCAGUCCAUUUCAAAGAUGAUCGUUUAAUCUGUAUUACUUGUGGGAAGAGUUUUACCGUUCGCAGCUCUCUACUAAGACAUAUCGAGCGCAAGCAUAAGAAAAAGUAUUUUUGUAAUUACUGCAUGAGCGGCUUUGAAGGAAAGAACAUGUUAAUAAAGCAUUUCAAGGAAAGUCAUUAACUUUGUUUUCUAUGAAUUGAAGUAACUUCGGGACUAAUAGGUUAGGUAUAUCAUUUAUGUAUCCAUAUUGUGAUAAACCUUUGUUUUCUAGUAAUUGGGGUAACUUCGGGACUAGAUAUUAGGGGUAUCAUUUAUGCAUCCCUAUUGUGAUAAACCUUUGUUUUCUUGUAAUUGAGGUAGCUUCAGGAUUAAAGGUUAGGGGUAUCAUUUAUGCGUCCAUAUUGUGAUAAACUUUUAUUUUCUAGUAAUUUGGGGUAGGUUCGGGAUUAUAGGUUAGGGAUAUCAUUUAUGCAUCCAUAUUGUGAUAAACUUUUGUUUUCUAGUAAUUUGGGGUAGCUUCGGGAUUAUAGGUUAGGGGUAUAAUUUAUGCAUCCAUAUUGUGAUAAACUUUUGUUUUCUAGUAUUUGGGGUAGCUUCGGGACUAGAGGUUAAGGGUAUCAUUUAUGCAUCCCUAUUGUAGGAAAUAUAUUAUGGAAUGUUUCACACACUUGGCACCAUACUUUUUGUGUUUACUGCUAGAACCAAGUUAUUAAAAGAGGAAGUUUAGCAUGCGUCUGCUCUGCGAAUCUAAAACAAAAUUUCUAAAUGUUUCAAAUACCUCAGCAAUAUGUUAUCGUGAUAAUUUGCAGGACAUUCUGAGAACUGUGUAUACAGAGCAAGGCAGAUUGUUUUAGUCCUUCUUGUAUAUACAGAGUGACACAGAAUAACGGGAACUUUUUAAAACGUCAUAAAACCGUAGUGGGAAGUGCAAAAAUGGUUUUAUUCAAACUAAUGUAAAAUUCAAGACUUGCCAUUUGAGAAUUAUUAACACCUAUAACUUUUUGACAAUUACUUCUUUAAUAUGGCUUUCUCCUGAACCAAUACACUCUUGAAAUCUGUGUUAACGAUUCUUCAUUGAUCGCAGCAACAUCUGCGUUUCCUGGUCCCAUGAUUGUCCACCUACGGUUUUCUGUUUGUGGAGCUAUCUCAAAUCAAACUUUUUCACAACUUGACCAAUAACUGUGGUUGAAUCAUAACCGACAAUUCAAAAUGAAAUUAACAAUAUCCCAGCUGAAAUGUUGCAGCAAUCGUUCAGGAAUCGUCAACACAGAUUUAAAGAGUGUAUUCGUGCAGGAGGAAGCCAUCUUGAAGAAGUAAUUGUCAAAAAGUGAUAGAUUUUAUAAAUAUUUCUCAAAUGGCAGUCUUGAACUUUACAUUAGUUUGAAUAAAACCUUUUUUGCCCUUCCCACUAAUGUUUUAUGGCGUUUUCAAAUGUUCCCGUUAUUCUGGGUCACCCGGUAUUAGUGUGGUACCGGUAGUUUCAAUUCAAACCUUUAGAUGCCUUGAUGAAUCAAUAAACCUUUAUUUUUCUUAUACAACCUAUAAACUCUCACAACUCAAAACACUCGAUUCGCCAUUUUUUCUUAUGUUAGAUGCAUUG